AUGGAAAGUAAAAUUAUGUAUGUCUAUAUCCUCUUAAAUAAUGCAAUAUCUGAAUAACUUGAUACAAUUAUUAUAAAUUUAAAAAUCAAAUAUUAUUUUUGUAGAUUUAAAUCAUAUGUAUAAUAUUUUUCAAAUUUUAGCAAUAAUUUAGAUAUAUAAGAAAAAAGAUGGCGGAUAACGAUGAUCUUUUGGAUUAUGAAGAUGAAGAACAAACUGAACAACUAGUUGACGGAAGCAGGGAUACACCUGCUAAAAAAGAAGUCAAAGGCACAUACGUAUCUAUUCAUAGUAGUGGAUUUAGGGAUUUUCUUCUUAAGCCAGAAAUAUUACGUGCAAUUAUUGAUUGUGGUUUUGAACAUCCAUCUGAAGUACAACAUGAAUGUAUCCCACAAGCAGUGCUUGGUAUGGAUAUAUUAUGUCAAGCAAAAUCUGGCAUGGGAAAAACAGCUGUAUUUGUAUUAGCCACAUUACAACAAUUAGAAUUAACUGAAAACCAGGUUUAUGUUCUUGUUAUGUGCCACACACGUGAACUUGCUUUCCAAAUUAGCAAAGAAUAUGAAAGAUUCAGUAAAUAUAUGCCUCAUGUAAAAGUUGGAGUAUUUUUUGGUGGCUUACCAAUUCAAAAAGACGAAGAAGUCUUGAAGAAUGUAUGUCCUCACAUCGUCGUUGGCACACCAGGUCGUAUUCUUGCUCUUGUCCGAAAUAAAAAAUUAAAUCUAAAACACUUGAAGCACUUUAUACUCGAUGAAUGUGAUAAAAUGCUCGAGCUAUUAGAUAUGCGCAGGGACGUACAGGAAAUAUUUAGAAGCACUCCACACGGCAAACAAGUCAUGAUGUUCAGCGCCACAUUGUCCAAGGAGAUACGCCCUGUCUGCAAAAAGUUCAUGCAAGAUCCCAUGGAAGUCUAUGUGGAUGAUGAAGCAAAACUCACAUUGCAUGGUCUACAGCAACAUUAUGUGAAACUUAAAGAAAAUGAAAAGAACAAGAAGCUAUUUGAAUUACUUGAUGUACUUGAAUUUAAUCAGGUCGUUAUCUUUGUAAAAUCUGUACAAAGGUGUAUGGCUUUGGCACAACUUCUAACAGAACAGAAUUUUCCUGCAAUCGGUAUACACAGGGGUAUGACUCAGGAAGAACGGUUAUCGAGGUACCAACAAUUUAAAGAUUUUCAAAAACGAAUUCUAGUAGCUACAAAUUUAUUUGGACGUGGUAUGGAUAUUGAACGUGUGAACAUAGUGUUCAAUUACGAUAUGCCAGAAGAUUCAGACACAUACUUACAUCGAGUAGCUAGAGCUGGUCGUUUUGGUACAAAGGGGCUUGCUAUCACAUUAGUCAGUGAUGAAAGCGAUGCUAAAAUAUUGAACGAUGUUCAAGAACGGUUUGAUGUUAAUAUUACAGAAUUACCGGAUGAAAUAGAUUUAGCUUCAUACAGUAAGUUUACUUUCCUUUAGAAUUUCAGGAUGUAGUUAUAAAAGUUAAAACUAAUUUUUUUAUUACAGUUGAAGGACGAUAA